GGUUGUUGUCGAACGAAACACAAUGCACCACCCCUAUCUUCUGAUCAAUCAAAGAAAGAAAAUUGGGUUUCGUUUUUAGUGCAUACACGCGUAGUUAUGAUCCAUGUGAUUGGAAGGAGAAGCUUCACCAGUAACCACCAUUCCUAAGCUCUCUUUUUCUCUUGAUUUCAUUGAUUGCUUUGUAUGUGUGUCGAGGAUAAGGUUGUGUGGUAAGGUUAUGGCUUUCAAUUAGUUUGUUAGACAUAGUGCAAUGGAGAAGAAACGAAUAGAUGAUUACGAGCCAGGUCCGGUUCCAUCUCCAAGGGCAUUGGACAGAUUUGGGUUUGUGAAACAGGAACACAAUAACUCAUCUGAUGCUUUGACAAAGAGUAGAUCAGCCAGUGAACAGGAAAGGGAUGAAAGGAGGGUUAGAAAAUGGAGAAAGAUGAUUGGGGUAGGAGGCAGUGAUUGGAAGCAUUAUGUCAGAAGAAAACCUCAUGUUGUUAAAAGGCGUAUAAGAAAAGGGAUUCCUGAUUGUUUAAGGGGUCUUGUUUGGCAGUUGAUCUCAGGAAGUCGCGACCUUUUGCUGAUGAAUCCAGGAGUAUAUGAGCAACUAGUGAUAUACGAGACCUCAGCUUCAGAACUGGAUAUAAUUCGAGAUAUUUCUCGUACUUUUCCUUCACAUGUUUUCUUCCAGCAGAGACAUGGCCCUGGUCAAAGGUCCCUCUAUAAUGUUCUGAAGGCGUACUCUGUCUAUGACAGAGAUGUUGGAUAUGUUCAGGGAAUGGGUUUCCUGGCUGGGUUGUUACUUCUUUAUAUGAGUGAAGAAGAUGCAUUUUGGUUGUUGGUUGCACUACUUAAAGGAGCUGUGCAUGCUCCAAUGGAAGGAUUGUAUCUGGUGGGGUUACCGCUGGUACAACAAUACCUUUUUCAGUUUGACCAGUUGGUGAAGGAGUUUCUGCCAAAGCUUGGGGAGCAUUUUACUCAAGAAAUGAUCAAUCCUAGUAUGUACGCUAGUCAAUGGUUCAUAACUGUUUUCUCUUAUUCAUUCCCGUUCCACUUGGCUUUACGAAUUUGGGAUGUAUUUCUCUCUGAGGGUGUUAAGAUUGUAUUUAAAGUUGGUUUGGCCCUGUUAAAGUAUUGCCAUGAUGAUUUGGUAAAAUUACCCUUUGAGAAACUCAUACAAGCUUUGCGCAACUUCCCUGAGAAUGCAAUGGACCCUGAUACAUUAUUACCUAUGGCUUACUCAAUCAAGGUAUCCAAGCGUUUAGAGGAGUUGAAGCUGGAGUAUGAGAAGAACAAUGGUAAGCUCGUUCGACCUGCAGAAUUUGGUCGGAAAUAGGAACUUUGCUACGAAGGUUUGUAUCUGAAGUGGAGUUACGCUUAAUCAUGAACACAUAAACCAAUUCUUUCAUUCUUUUAGUCAUGUAAAGUCAUGCAGUCAUGGCAGCUCCAAUUUGCUUUGGCCAGAUCAACCCCUUUACAAAACUCUCAUGUUUCUGCCAAAAUUGACUUGUAAUAGUAGAAUAGAAUAGUAUAUAGUAUAACCAUGUUGCAUAGUAAUCUUCUAUUCUAUGGUAUGACUUAAAACUCAAAACACAAGUCUUUCUGUUUUGUUUGGAGUCCACAUUUGACUAUUUCCCUAUGAAACAAUCAAAAACAUGACUAAUGUUUUGAAAAUUCUACCAAGGACAGUGACAAAUUCCAUUUGUGAUC